AUGGCACCCUCCAUAGCUGCUCCUAAGGGACAAACUGUCCGAGCUAGUAAUGGACAUUCUAAUGGCGUCACCAACGGCGCUUCGGCCGCGGUACCAAUCGUAGACCCCACAGCUAUGAGAAGACCAGUCGACUCAGUUCGGGUAGAAUCCGAACAAACAACCUAUACUGAUACUCAUAUUUUAGCUACCAGCGUCCACGAGAACACUUUUGUCACCCGCACCCCAUCCGGUGGGUAUGUCCUCAAGCCUGUCAAACAAACCAUCGAGUUCAAAACUGAACGUCAGGUCCCUACCACCGGGCUCAUGCUGGUUGGCUGGGGUGGCAACAAUGGGACCACAGUCACGGCCACUAUCCUGGCUAACAAACACAACAUUUGCUGGCGCAACCGCGAGGGUAUCCAAACGCCCAACUACAUCGGCAGUAUUGUCAGAGCCUCGACUUUACGCUUAGGAUCAGAUGCCCAGAGCGGCAAGGAUGUUCACAUCCCGUUAUCUGACAUGUUACCAAUGGUUCACCCUAACGAUUUGGUGCUCGGCGGAUGGGAUAUCAGCGGCAUGCCACUCGACCAGGCUAUGCGCCGGGCCAAGGUCAUGGAAUGGGACCUUCAAGACCAACUCAACCCUUUGAUGAGCCAGAUGAAACCAUUACCAAGUGUAUACUACCCUGACUUCAUCAACGCCAACCAAGAAGAACGAGCUGAUAACGUCCUGCCUGGUAGCAACAAACAAGCACACUUGGACCAAGUUCGCAAAGAUAUCCGCGACUUCAAGGCGGCCAACAAACUCGACAAAGUCAUUGUACUCUGGACCGCCAACACCGAAAGGUACUCGGAGAUCAUUCCGGGUGUCAACGAUACGGCGCGCAACCUGGAGCAGGCUGUGAGGAACAGCCAUGACGAAGUUUCGCCCUCGACUAUCUUUGCCAUGGCUUGUAUCUACGAAGGCGCCCCUUACAUCAACGGUGCCCCGCAGAACACCUUUGUUCCUGGAUGCGUUGAACUCGCCGAGGAGCUUGGUGGGUUCAUCGGUGGCGAUGAUUUCAAGUCCGGACAAACAAAGAUCAAAAGUUGUUUGGCCGAGUUCCUUGUGAACAGCGGUAUCAAACCGCUCAGCAUUGCCUCUUACAAUCACCUUGGUAACAACGACGGUCGAAACUUGAACGCCCAGAAGACCUUUCGUAGCAAGGAGAUCAGCAAGAGCAGUGUGGUUGAUGACAUGGUCGAAGCCAAUCACCUCCUCUACAAACCUCUCUUGGAAGCCCCUAAAGGAGAGAAGAAGAUUGAGGGUGGUGGACAAGCUCGUAAGACGGAGCAUCCCGACCAUUGCGUGGUGAUUAAGUACAUGCCGUCUGUUGGCGAUGACAAAGUAGCGUUAGAUGAAUACUUCAGCGAGUUGGCGAUGGGCGGUCGGAACAAGAUUGUGAUCUCCAACACCUGUCAAGACUCGCUUCUUGCGAUACCAUUGAUUCUCGAUCUUGUGAUCAUCACCGAGCUUUUGACCCGAGUCCAGUACCGCAAACCAAGUGGGAACGCGACCGAGGAAUCGGCUUUUCAGAAGCUCUAUCCGGUCUUGUCUCUGUUGAGCUCGAUGCUGAAGGCCCCACUCGUCAGGCCUGGUACCGACGUCAUCAACGGUGCCGCUCGUCAACGCGCCGCCAUCGAUCACUUCUUAAGAGCACUCCUCGGGUUGCAACCUCUGACCGAAUGGGAACAGUCCAAAAUCAUGGCCUGA